CCCUCAACUACGGCUGCAUUGUAGAGAACCCACAGACACACGAGGUCCUGCACUAUGUGGAGAAACCUAGCACCUCUGUUAGUGACGUCAUCAACUGUGGCAUCUACCUCUUUUCCCUGGAAGCCCUGAAGCCCCUUCGGGAUGUCUUCCAGCAAAACCAGCAGGAUGGGCAACUGGAGGACUCUUCAGGCCUGUGGCCAGGAGCAGGAACCAUCCGCCUGGAGCAGGAUGUGUUCUCCGUCCUGGCCGGGCAGGGCCAGAUCUACGUCCACCUCACUGAUGGUAUCUGGAGCCAGAUCAAGUCUGCAGGCUCAGCUCUCUAUGCCUCCCGCCUCUACCUGGGCCAGUACCAGCUCACUCACCCAGAACGCCUGGCCAAGCAUGCCCCCGGGGGUCCACAAAUCCGAGGAAAUGUUUACAUCCACCCCACAGCUAAGGUGGUCCCGUCGGCGGUGCUGGGCCCCAACGUCUCCAUUGGGGAGGGGGGUGACCGUGGGCGAGGGUGUGCGGCUCCACGAGAGCAUCGUCCUCCAUGGGGCCACACUGCAGGAGCACACAUGUGUUCUGCACACCAUUGUGGGCUGGGGGAGCACUGUGGGGCACUGGGCCCGUGUGCAGGGUACCCCCAAUGACCCCAAUCCCAACAACCCCUGAGCGCACAUGGACAGUGAGAGCCUCUUCAAGGAUGGGAAGCUGCUGCCUGCCAUCACCAUCCUAGGCUGCCGUGUCCGGAUCCCUGCUGAGGUGCUCAUCCUGAAUUUGAUUGUUCUGCCACACAAGGAAUUGAGCCGCAGCUUCACCAACCAGAUCAUCCUCUGAGGGAGACUGCCAGAAGGCACAUCCCCCCAACUCCCAACUCCUACCCACUCCCCUCGAAGCUCCUGCCUGUAUGGCCAGCCUCUGUCCAAAACAGAGGAAGCCAGGCGGGAUUCUCACAUGCCAGGAGCAACGUGGGUGGCUGGGGGACUCCUGGCCUCCCUCUUCACUCCUUAAUAAACCCCAGUGAAC